AUGCAAGCUAGCGUCGGACUCGAACUCAUCAGUUCAACCUGGGCUCAUUCCAUCCACAAUCACAAAUCUUCUAUCAGCUCACAGCCAACCCUGACCGAUGAUGACCACAACCAAUCAUCAUCAUCAUCAUCAUCCCUAUCCGAUCUAGAAGACGAAUCAGAACCUCCGGUAGAAUAUUCUGCCGCCCCGGUGCAUGCCGAGGGCGUACCCCAAUCUAAUACCAAACUAUCUGCAAAGAACUAUCGUACCCCUGAAUUUGGUGACAGUCUAUUCGAGCUCCUGCGUUCUGAACUCAAGCUGCCGGGAUGGUCAAACCUCUCUGAUCAAUACAAGUCAUCAAUCACAAUCUCCAAAGUCAGCGGAAGUCUCACCAACGCCGUCUUCUUCGUCUCCUGUACAUACAACCCAAGCAGUCAACCAGCUACCCAACUAACCGACCAAGAAUCACCACCCACUGUGCUCUUACGAAUCUAUGGUCCAUCUUCGGGCACAUUGAUCUCUCGCAAGGAAGAAUUGCAUCUUUUACAUACCUUAUCCGCCAAAUAUGGAAUCGGGCCCUUGUUACUCGGUACGUUUGAUAACGGCAGAGUCGAGCAGUUCUUCAAAUCUCGACCUUUGACGAAGGAAGAGGUGAGAGACCCUCAGAUCAGUACUUGGAUCGCCCGAAAGAUGUCUGAACUUCACUCAGUUGACCUCUCUACCGUCAUCAACUCCGAUCAAGACCCUCGAACUCAAUCUCAAUCAAGCUGUCGAGCCAACUCACUCAGUAGUGAAAGCAAAUGGCUCCCAAAUUCCAUCAAUUCCCCCUCUCUGAAUCCCUCGGCCAGUCCUCUCACUACACCCCAGCUGCGCUCCUUGAACUAUAAUAACUCGACUCGGGAAGGCCAAAGAUCUCUUAGCCUGGUCGCUGGCUCGAAAUCAGCUAAAGCGGGUGUUUGGAAUAAUAUCACUCGUUGGCAACAUGAAGCUACCAAGGUGUUUGUCGAUAUCGCUAAAGCGCUCGAGAAACUUGGAAUCCAACCAACCAGCAACCCAUCCCUUCCAGCGACAGACGGAGAAGAUCCCCUCGAACGAUUCAGAGCAACUCCCUUCCCUCUAUCAUCCCCUCAGGCUCUGGCUGAGCUCGUCAAGAUUGUCGACUUACCUCGUCUCAUCCUUGAAAUGAAAUCCUACCGAGCCUGGAUCUAUAAUCACGAGAGAAUUCAUGGUAAAAGUCCUAGAAUCUUUAGUCACAAUGAUACCCAGUGUGGGAAUCUGUUGCUACGUCAAGACGACGAUCCUCUGUUGAGGGAACAACCUCAAGACCAGAUCAUGGUCAUAGAUUUUGAAUAUGCCUCGGCAAAUCCGCGGGGUUUUGAUAUCGUAAAAUAA